AUGUUCUCGCUCAAAGGUCGCACAGCGUUAGUGACAGGAGGUGCUCGAGGUUGCGGUCUCGCGUUCGCUGAAGGUCUCGCUGAAGCAGGAGCCGACGUUGCCAUUUUCGAUGUUAUACCUCCCGUCGAAGCAUUCUUCGAGAUUGAGAAGAAAUUCGGUGUCAAGACCAAGCAUUACCAUGUAGACGUGAGUAGUGAAGCCAGUCUCAAGAGCGGCUUUGCAGACUUCGUCAAAGAUUUUGAUGGCAAGCUCGACAUUUGCGUGCCUUGUGCUGGUAUCAAUCGUAACUUGGGGUUUCUGGAUACCUCGUUUGAAGAGCAUCAAAAGUUGAUUGGUGUCAAUGUUAUGGGUGUGUAUCAUACUGCUCAGUUGGCUGCUAAGCAGAUGAUUGCGAAUAGAACCAAGAAGGGGAGUAUUGUGCUUGUGGCCAGCAUUGCUAGCUAUAUGGCUAUUCGAAGUCAGAUGAGUAGUGCGUACUGUGGGACGAAGGGGGCUGUGAGAGCAAUGUGUCCUGCUAUUGCUGCGGAAUUGGUGAAAUAUGGAAUCAGAGUCAAUUCCAUUUCUCCUGGAUAUGUUCGGACUGAAAUGACAGCACCAUUCCCGCAUCUACUUGAAAGCUGGAAAGAUGAAAUCAUGAAUGGAAGAGUUGCUGAGCCUGAAGAUAUUCGAGGCGGAUGUGUUUUCUUGGCCAGCUUUCGUGAUGAGCCUGUCACCACCAAUGGCAAUGGUGUCCAUCACAACGAUAUGAUGAAUGGGAGUGAUGAGAAUCACGUGCUCGUAAUCGGGGCAGGUCCAGCAGGUUUGAUGUUGGCGUCGAACUUGGUGCGUUUUGGAAUCAAGACGAAAAUUCUUGAUGAUCGGCCUGAUAAGACGUCCACUGGGCGAGCCGAUGGUCUUCAACCAAAGACCAUUGAAACUUUCAAGCAGCUUGGUCUGGCCGAUCCAUUAUUAAGAAGAGGCGCGAGAAUCUAUGACAUUUGCUUCUGGAGUGGAUCAGCGGCGAGUCCGCUUCGUCGGAUAGGACGCGAGAUACAUUAUCCACCAGGAGUGGUUGAUGUCCAAGAUCCGUUCAUUCUGCUUGUUCAUCAAGGAAUGGUUGAAGAAGUGUUCCUUGAUGAUUUAUCAGUCCGAGGUGUGGAGGUGAUGAGAAGCAGCCAGUUUACUCGAUAUUCCACACCUGAAAAGGUCGGAGUUCAAGUUGAGUACGACGACAUUGAAACUGGUCAAACAAAGACUGUCAAAGGUCGUUAUAUGGUUGGAUGCGAUGGUGCUCAUUCAAGAGUGCGGAAAUCAAUGCUUCUUUCUGAGUUUGAGGGUGAAAACACGAAAUCUGCAUGGGGAGUAUUGGAUGGUGUAAUUGAUACCGAUUUCCCAGACUUGUGGAGUAAAGCAGUUAUUCAUUCUGAAACCGAAGGUUCGAUCUUGUGUAUACCUCGAGAGAAGAAUAUGACAAGACUGUACAUUGAGCUCCACCCUGGAACAGCACCCCUGUCGAACGAAGCAGCGACAGAAGAAUUCGUGAUGCAAAGAGCAAAAGAAAUCAUGAAACCAUUCAAGCUGUCAUGGAAGACUGUCGAAUGGUUUGGUAUUUACAAGGUUGGACAGCGUGUCGCUAAGCGAUUUUCCGAUGAUUCUGAAAGGGUUUUCAUUGCUGGAGACGCCGCGCAUUCACAUUCGCCAAAAGCUGCUCAAGGUAUGAAUGUCAGCAUGCACGACGCUUUCAAUCUUUCCUGGAAACUCAACCUCGUGGUCCGAGGUCUCGCUUCGCCCAACCUCCUAUCAACCUACGAGCAAGAGCGACGAAAGAUCGCUCAAGAUCUCAUUGACUUCGACUAUGGCCACGCCAACGCCUUCGCAGCAGGAGAUCCCAAGCUCCUCGCCGAAAACUUCGCCAAGAACAUCCGUUUCAUCUCCGGAGUCGGAGCAGAAUACUCCUACAACCUCCUCAACCUCCCCGACAAGCUUCCCCGAGGUGGCCUCUCACCCGGCUGCCUGCUCGUCCCCGCCAAAGUCUCCCGUUACGUCGACGCCAACCCCAUAAACCUCCAACUCGACAUCCCCAUGCUGGGCCAAUUCCGCCUCUUCUUCUUCACCCACAACGUCAAAACCGCCUCCGCCUUCCUCUCCCACGUCUGCCAAGAAGUAGCCUCCGAACGCACCGUCCUCGGUCGAGCCUCCGCCGCUGCUGCUGCCUCGUACGCAGAUCUCGCUCCCCCAGCUACGGAAAUAGACAUGUUCAUGCAACCCGCGCGCUACACGCCCGUCUCCAAGAUCUUCACCUACGCGAUCGUGACCACGAUGCCGAAAGCGCGGGUCGAGAUCGCGGAUCUGCCGCAGGUGCUGCAGGAUAGUAGGUGGACGUUCUAUCUCGAUAAUCUGAUGCGGAUGCCGAGCUGUACGGAGAAGUGGUUGGGGCCGUUGAUGGAGAGUGAGGUUGCUGUUAUUAAUGUGAGGCCUGAUGGAUCAUUUGUUCAUAUUUCGUGUUCUACCAUAUUCGAGCAUCGCUUCUGA